GGGGUUUAUACCGGCAGGGCCGCAGGGGCGGCUGUUGGGCGGUGGCAGCAGCAGUGGAGGCUGCAGCAGCAGGAGAAGCAUCAUGGAGAGAGGGCGGCAAGUGGCGAACUUCGGGGCCGGACCGGCCAAACUGCCGCGCUCCGUAUUACUAGAAGCACAGAAAGAAUUGGUGGACUACAAAGGACUUGGUAUAAGUGUUCUUGAAAUGAGCCAUCGGACCUCAGACUUCACAAAAAUUUUAAAUACAGCUGAAAAUCUCUUGCGUGAAUUGCUAAAUGUACCAGAAAACUACAAAGUCCUUUUCCUCCAAGGAGGUGGAUCUGCUCAGUUCAGUGCAGUCCCACUUAACCUUAUUGCUUUAAAGGAGGGAAGACAUGCAGAUUAUGUUAUUACUGGAGCUUGGUCAGCAAAAGCAGCUAAAGAAGCAGAGAAGUAUGCCAAAGUGAAUAUUGUUCAUCCAAAACUAGGAGCCUAUACAAACAUUCCUGACCCAAGCACUUGGAAUCUUAAUCCAGAUGCAUCUUAUGUUUAUUACUGUGCUAAUGAGACUGUUCAUGGUGUGGAAUUUGACUUUGUACCUGAUGUCAAAGGAGCAAUCUUGGUUUGUGAUAUGUCAUCAAACUUCCUGUCCAGACCUGUGGAUGUUUCCAAGUUUGGAGUGAUUUUCGCUGGUGCUCAGAAGAAUGUUGGCUGCGCUGGAGUUACUGUUGUAAUAGUACGUGAAGACUUGUUGGGAUUUGCCCUGAAAGAAUGCCCUGUAGUGCUGGAUUACAAAACGCAAGCAGUGAACGGCUCUUUGUAUAACACUCCACCGUGCUACAGUAUUUAUAUCAUGGGACUGGUACUGGAAUGGAUAAAGAAUAAUGGUGGAGCUGCAGCUAUGGAUAAACUUAGUUUAAUCAAAUCAAAAAUGAUUUAUGAUAUUAUAGACAAAUCUAAUGGAUUCUAUGUAUGUCCAGUGGAGAAAAAGAACCGAAGCAGAAUGAAUGUCCCUUUCCGUAUUGGCAGUACCAAUGGUGAUGAAGCACUGGAAAAGAAAUUUCUUGAGAAAGCUGUGGAGCUAAACAUGAUAUCUCUGAAAGGGCAUCGAUCUGUGGGAGGAAUCCGUGCCUCUUUAUACAAUGCGGUGACUGUAGAAGAUGUUCAGAAGCUUGCGGCAUUCAUGAGAAGCUUCCUGCAGAUGCAUCAGUCAUAAAUGCUGAUGGGUUAGAACCAUGCUGCACAUCUAUGGAAUAAAAGCUAAAGGGUUUGAGAGUUACUGUGGUACCACACAGCUGUAGCGCACAAGUUAUAUUUUCUUUUAGUUCUUGUAGCUGUUUUAGUUAACUGCAAGGGAUUGAGGCUCAAUCUUGCAAUAACUUGCUGGCCUUGACUUCACUGAGGGUGAGGAUCCCCAGACUGAUCAGCACUAGUUCCAAAAUUUGCAAAACAGUGUUCUAAUGUGUAGUUAAAACAUGAAUAGCAUUGUAAGAUGCUGUGGAUCUGAUUCUUGCUUCUAGUCACAAAUGACUUCUUCAGCAAUACCUUAUUUUCAGUAAAUGUCAGGCGACAAAAUCUGUCGUGGGCAUUCUGUAAUGCUUUACAAAUACCCUGUGACUGCACAGUGAAGCUAGAAUUAAUGUUAAGUGUUUUCUAAGGACAUCUAGUUGGUUUAUCAGAUAAAUUGCAGCAUCAGGAAUAUAGUCCAGAAGUUAGUGUCUGUGUUCCUAACUUGAGGACCUUGCCUUCAGACUUCUGCUCCCAUGCUUGAAACACUGUCUUAACAGUUCCAUGUAGUGAUACCCAUUGUAGUUAAAGUCUGUAAGACUGAGCCUUUUUUUGUGUUAUCAUUUAUAGGUUUAAAGCUAGGAUGCAUGAGUCUGUAAUUACAUAAGUUUAUAUGACAUUGUUUAUUUCUCUGUGCAUUUUGUAUGUUAAACUUCUCUAGGUUAAUUAAUUUUAUAUUCUUAUUUUGGAGUGUGCAUAUCUGCUCCUGCCAAAAACUUGGUUUUAAUUUGUUAACCUACUGCCAAACUGGAUGACUGUAUUCCACUUGGUGGAUCUGUGACUUUCUCUGCACUGACUUCCUAGCCCAAAGUACAGCUUUGUUUGGUGCUUAUAAAAUGUCUUCCCUCUGAUUGCUCCAGUGUUUUCUCUGCUUUUUCAUUGCUUCAGUUCUGUACCUUUUUGUAUGUGGGGAUUUGCCCAGCUGCAGUAAACACAAGCCUUGACAUCUCUGCCUUUUCCUGAUGCUUCAUCACACUUUUGGCCCAACGUUCUCACUCAGUCCUUGCAGACUUUGGUAGUCUGGUCUAGAGAAGGAACUAUGUGGUUUUAUGCAAAGAUCUGUUAUACUACCCUUAAGUUACUUUUAUUUCUCAGCUUGUGACUUUACUGCCAUUUACCAUAUAGAAACACUACCCUCCUACUUUAACUUAUGUAGAAGAUAUCUAUUAGUAUCAUACCGUUUAGCAUUACUGCAGCUGCUUACAGACUGUAAACUCUUUGGUACAGGACUGGGGCUUUCUUAUUUUUAUGUAACAUCAAUACAAUAGUGACAAUUUAAUAAUGAUAAUGAUGGACUAUCCCUUUCUUAGUGGAACCUCACACCAAGUCAGUGGAGUUGUGCUAAGGUUAAGUUACAUCCCUAUCUGUGAAGUCCUUAUAUUAAGUAGUGUUUUGAGAUUUUUGUCAACUUAGUUCAAUUCAAAGUAAUUAAACAAAUCUGGUGAAGAAAAUAAAACUUAAUCACAGCAUGCUGUGAAGUACCAGUGUGUCUGAAGCUUUUGUUUUUGUCACUUUCUGAAGGAUGAGAAGUCAUGCAUAAUGUAUUAGAAUUUUAGAUUCCAGUAUUAUUCUUUUCCCUAGAAAGCAAGCUUCCCUCAUUUAUGUUUUAAUUCUUUCUGGAAAUAAUCUUUUCCUUGUACCCUGCCAAUGAUGAAGAUAUAAUUCAGGUUCCAUAUUAAGCUUUUUAACUUUCUUAAAUUUCACUCCCUCCAAAUUUUGUAUACUUGCUUUCAACAAUAGCUUUGGCUUAUGUCUUUUCAAAAGCUAGUAGACCUUUCUUUUUUUUAUAAUAGGCUUGCAUUUCUUGUAGCAAGAACACUUUUACCUGUGAUUGCAAAAAAGCUUGCACUGCUGUAUGCAGCUGAUUCAUGACCCAGCUGGGAACCUCUUUGCUGCUUCUUAAUUGUGCCCAGCAUCCUGUCAAUUAAAGACUUCUUUUUCUACCUAGAAAGGCAAAGAUCCUGUAAAAGCAAAAUGCAGAAUGACUAAUGUAGUAAGACUAGGCUGAAUGUCAUGUGACGACGAUGCAAGAAUGCUGGGAAGAGUGGAGCAUGUGCUGAAUGAGCUAGUUACCCAAGAUUUGUUUGACUCAUCUGUGCAAUAGUUUUGCCCUUCCAAGCUGUAUCCCUGAAAGAUGUAAUCAGGGUAUUGAGCCAUGGUGGACAGAGAAAUGCCACUUCCACUCAUCAGAUUAGUAGGAGGAAUUUCAGCAAGGGGUUGCUGAGAGUCAUGGUCUAUUUCCCUUAUGUCAGCACUUCCAAGCUGGGUCAGUAAUUGCAGUGUUUGAAAGUAGGGCUUUUCUUGGUGUCGUGUGAAUUCUCCUGAGGCACUUAAAGAUGCUAUAAAAUGGAAGUACUGGUCUCAUCUGAGUUUGUGCAUGUAGGAGAGAAUUAUAAGAUAAAGUCUUUCCAAAGAACGCUGCUUUCAAUUCUUCUAGUGAGUUGUCUCUACUGCAUCUCCUAGGAUUUGUCUUUGAUUUAGUAAAAGCAGUUGCUAGAGUACUCUUUAGUUUGUAGUUUAGAAGUCCCUAGCCACCAUCUAAACCAGGCCUGGCCUAAAAAGAGAAAUCUGCCGAGGAGGUUUUGUGCUCCCUCUGUUCCUGUUCGCCAAAGUAAGGAAUGCUUUAUGCCAGAUGAGGAAAUUGUAGAUCAGGAAGGUACCCUAUUCCAGGGAACUACUGUCAAUUGUCAGUGAUAGGGUCUUUCCAUGGCAAUACCACCUCUAAGUCUGGCAUGAAAGAAUUAAAUAAGUCAGAUUUAGCACAUCCUUAUUUAAUUAGUAAUUCUAAUGGAGAUAAAUAAUUUGUGUUGACAGCCUUGCCCCUAUGUCAGCUGACACUCGGUAUUUUCAUAUUUUUUCCCUGUUUCUGUUUACAUUAAUCAUGUUUUUCUUUUCAACUGGCAACUGGUUUAAUAUUUUUAGAUAAGCCCAGGGAUAUUUUGAAGUAAAAAGUGUAAGUCUAUUUUUGACAUUCAAGUAACUGGAAUGAAACAGGAAUAAAAGACAUCGUACAUACACUGAUGGAUUAGAAGUUGUCAAAGUAUGCUGCAAGUCUUACUAGGUCUGGCACUACAUUGGUGUAUGAUUCAUGUUUGCUGUAUUUCAUUCUCUGUGUACAAAAUAAAAUGAGGGUGAAACUUUUUGUAUUUGAUAAGGAUGUACCUAAUUAAAAAGUGAAAUGUUA